CGUCUCAGUCUUUCCGGUGGAAGUCAUGCUGUUGCAAAUAUAGUCUAAUUUCGUUUCAUCAGAUCUAGUCUUUCUAAUAAUCGGUGACCCUUUAUAAAGAACCAAAGAUGUCAUUAGAUUUGCCAGUCACUGACAUUAUUUUACUGCGUGGUGAUACAGGUCUGGGUUUCAACAUUCGUGGUGGAGUAGACAUCCCCCAUCUACCUGGGGAUCCUGGAAUCUUUGUCACCAAACUCAAGGAAAAUGGAGCAGCUUAUCAAGAUGGAAGGUUGAAGGAGGGUGAUAAAAUAUUAGAGAUCAAUGGAAAUCGAGUUGAGCGAGUUAGUCAUCAAGAAGCUGUUCAGACAUUUCUUAAUGCAGGCAAUGAGGUUCGACUGAAGGUGCAGUGUGGAGCAGAGAAGCACAUUCUGCAAAAGAUAGAGGAAAGGAAAAAGCAACAAGCAAAUUCAAGUUCUAUUUCACCUUCAAGUAGAAAAUCUAAGUUUAGUGUUUUUUAUUUUCUACUUGGGGUUGGUUCAGCCAUUGGAAUAGCAUAUUUUGCUUAUAGAAAACUGAAGGGCAUAAGAGGCACAUCGUGAAAAGGUAUCUGUGUUAUAAUUUGAUCAGGCCGAGAGUAAAGUCUAUGUCCGUUGUGUACAUUUUCUUUGUCAUUUGUCAUAAGAAAAGGAACAUAGAACCUCAAUAUAGUUGAUCCAUUAAAUUUGUUUUAAAGAUGUUCAAGUGAUUAAGAACAUUGAUGUAUUAAUUCUCGGUUGUUUUAUAUUUACUGACAAUGAAAUAACGUAUUAGAUGUAUCAAAUCUUAACUGGGUGAAUGGUGUAUGUGUAGUGUUUGAUUAUUUAGCUACUGCUGUUGGCUGCACUCUGACUCAGUUAAUUUUUCAGCAUGUCCUGAGUUAAGAUGACUACCUGUUUUGGGGGUGAAAUUUACUGGGAGAGUUUGUAGCAAAUUAUUACACAUGCAUUUUACCAGACAACUAUUCACACUGGUUGUUUUAUCCUAAUCUCUAGUGAAAA